AUGCUCGGCGAUAACCCAGUAUGGGGCUCCACAAUAUGCAUUUCACCUCCUGGUGGCACUUUCGUCAGCCCACCUACAAACGAGACAGGCACGGGAGUUGGCGGCCCAGGUGCGACGGGCGAUGGCUACGGAACGGACCUGGUGGACCUGCCAGGUGGAGCAACUCUUGCAUCCCAGACAACGACCAAGUGCAGCCAAUACUACACCGUCAAAACAGGCAAUAAUUAUGCCUCAAUUGUCGUUAACUACAAUGUCCCGUCCGAUCUUUUCAUCGCCGCUAACCCAUCUCUGCGUGCCGCACGGUUGUGCGAUGGCCUGUUGGCCGUUGGUCGCACGUAUUGUAUUCAUCCUCUCAGAAACUUCAACAUGGACAUUCCCACUGGCUCUCCACCUUUACCACCGGCUAGUGGUAAGCUCACGUCCACUUCUGCUAAGCCCACGUCGGCUUCUGCUAAGCCCACAUCUACUCGGGCUACAUGA